CUCCAGACUACCGCAACGUCCGACAGCGAUAGGAGCUCUGCCGACUCGUACCGUACGGGCGGACUUAGAUUAACAACUGAGAAUCUCUCGCAUAAGUUCGUACGCUGAGAUAAAGUCAAUUUCGAGAAUUGACCGCGUCGUGCUUAAGUUUACCUACGUCCGCGUGUUCGCGAAUUUCCUCAUUGACUUGUGAUCGGGAUAGCUUAGGUCGGGAGUGAUCAUGAGGAUGCAUCUCGCUGGAAUCUUGUCUAUCCUAUUACUCGCUGGUCUUGAGAUUUUAGGACAUCCACCACAAGAGAGAUUAAUGCCAGAUGGAGCGCCAGUUCCCGAGGACACAGUCGUACACGAGGACUCAAUGGCGUCAGCAUCCGAAGUAGGCGAAGAAUACGACGAUUCCGACAUGUACAUGGAGCCGGAUGAAUCUGAGACUAUUCCGCAAUCAGAUCGCUCGGAAGAAAGCACGCAAAAGACUAAUCAACGCGAAGUGAUUACCGCAGAAACUACUGAUAAAAAUAACGAGAAAUUAUCUGAAACUGAGACAGAGAAACCUGAAGCUUCUAAAGAUCAGGAGGCAAAAAAUACGGAUCAUACAGCUGUCGCUCAAUUUGCCGAUGUGAGAGGCAAAAAUUUAGAAACUGAAAGCCAAAAUUUCUUCCCGUCUUUCGCGGAGCUCUUUGGGAAUCACAGACUUUCGUUCGCGGAACAGCAACAGCGAUAUCGUCCCAACAGAUUUUUAGGCUACUUCCAACGCGAUCGCAAUUAUCAAGCUGCUGCUACGAAGGAUCAGCAUUCCCUAUUGGGCUCAGGUAACUUCGGCGUGAUACGCGGUGGUACUUAUUAUCCAGAAGACAAGGAAAAUGACGAGUACUCGGUAGACGAGAGCCUUUACAAUCCGUAUUAUCACAGUCGUGGUCGCGCGCACUAUUAUAGAAAUCCAAAACCACAACCGAUUCGUGGCGGUGAUUUCUUUGCGAACUUCCGCGAUUUCGCUGAUAUUACGGCACCGCCGAAGUCGAGUUUCUCGCAUCUUUCUGUGGUAUAUGCCAACAAGAAUGGCAGUUCCACUGGACGUGUCACGGAACCUAGAAAUAUCAUCGAGACUCUCAGAAUGUUGGAGGAAGAGGAGCAAUCUAACGCGGAGGAAGUUUCUACUACCGAGGAAAUACCAAAGAAAAAGCAGAGCAAGGGCAAGUGGAAGCUUAUGAAGAUGAAGCAAUACGAGGAGGACAAAGCCAGAAGGUCUCGCAUGUCCGUCGAACCGUUGCUCGCUCUCAGUUGAGCAUGGACAAAUGUCGUUAAGGUGUAUGUUAACAUGGACGCAAACCUCCCAAACGCGAAAUUUGGCCACGAGAUCAGAACCAAAGUUUGAAAAGCGUCGUAUUUCUAUCAUUGGUGGAGAAUGUACUGAAAACGCGCGUGCGACAAGAAUAGAGGAGCUUCGCAUUUUUGCCUGUUUGCGAACGAUAUGCGAUAUGUGCGCGCAUAUAAACUUUUCGUUCAAGUCGAAAAGCUGGCGAUUCGGAGAAUCGUAUUUCGAAAUUAACGCGAAAUAUCGCCGAUUAUACAAUCCGCUCUGUAUCGAUAACAGAGAUAAGCUUAAGUGGAAACAUUAAUAUUCAUAGUUAUAAAUUUAGCAUUGUACAAAACUUCUAUAUCAUUUCCUGAGCAAUGCGAAAAUGCGAAAUAAUUAAUAGAGCUUAAGGUAGUAGCAUUAAGACUAUAAGGCACUGCCGUUCCUGUUUACAUCGGCCAAUCGUUGUUGGAUCUAAAAACGCAUGUGGCCUUAACGUUUAAGGUAUUCUCUAAGUUAGGUGAUAACCGCACGAGUUUGAAAAAUCCUAAAUAUAAGAUUUUUUUUUUAAUCUAUAAUGCGUCGAUUAAGAAAAUUCCAUGUGGUGCUAUAUAUGUUCCGCCAAUCGUACAAACACCUUCUGGAGAAACGUUCCCGUUUCGGCAAGGCGCUUGCAAAGCUAACUAGCAACGAUUAUUCAUGAAGACCUUUUACGUUGAUUGAAUUCACUUGCUCGUACGUGAAACGUUACGCUCGAGUAAGCCACGAUUCCGGAAUCGGUAACUCUUACCAGCGACACUUGUGUUGUAGCUAAAAUCACGAGGCUCGUUAUCCUAUAAUUAUGUGAAACGCGUAAGCACAUAGGAUAUACUCCAGAAUAUUUAUGAGAUCUGUUCUUUUCAGUCAUGGUUUCUACAUUUGCAUUCGUUGCUCUUGCCUCUUUGAAAUAUGUUGUAGUAGUUACAUUACAAGUGUUGAAAAUGUAAAAAUGCAAAAAGACGCAGACCUGUGGAAAGACAUGUAGUAAAAUUCUGACCGUGAUUUCAGGUUGACUUACGAAAAACUUCGGUAUUAUUAUGAAUAAAUUAUUUUGAUAUUAUCUUUACGUAUUUUAGUGUUUUAGCUGAAGCAGAAACGGGUUAAUAUCACGUUUUUCCGUGGUAUAUUAUGUUAAAGACGCGCGGCUUCAUGGUCGCGUGCACCAGCAAUAUUACUUUUAAUUGGAUAUACUAUAAGCAUGUGAAGAUCUAUAUAUAUUCAGUAAACUAAUAAAGACUGCCCAUUUUGUAUUCGUUA